ACUGAUUAGUUUGUUUGUGUUGUUCGCGCGAAAUUUGUGAUUUGUGGUAAAUCGGGUAAUUUUCCUUCUAAUCUUCCGAUUUAACGACGGCGGUUAUGGCCCAACCAGCUGUAGUCGCCCUGUGCGCAACCUUUUGUCACUUAUGGCACCAGUGCAGUGGUAAUUAUCUAAUAGUAAGUGCCAGAUCGACGCACCGGAUGUUUAUUGAAACAUCCGUUACCUCCCGGUUAAGGAACCUUUGUUUUCCAUGCGUUUGGAUUCAUGGAAACAUGGAUAGAUUGCGCGGUCAAGGUUAUAGUACUACCACUUUUCCGUAUCUCUGGAAGAAGGUUGAUAAGGAGCCAGCCCCCAGCAGUCGGCAAGCUACCGGAAGCUCCCUUCUCUGCACAAUCGUGAUCCGAAGGACAAGCACUUUUUCGCUAUGGCCGGAUGGGAUCGUCGUUGGAGGUUUCUGUCACAUGCAGAUGGAUCCGCAAUGCCAGACGGGUGAAUUUAAAGGUCGAUUGCUACCCAGUCCAUUUUUCGCUCACAUCCAUCGCCCAAAUGGGAAGGAAAGCAAAGCUCCCGCUUGAGCAUGCACAACAAUAGCAACCUUUUGCAGCACCUAUGACCGGACCUUUGUUGUCGACCCCUUACCAGAAUUAUGGGCGGUUAAAUUUGUAGCCGAUAUGUACCCAAUCGGAUGGACAUUUACAUGUAAGUCAACAAUAAACGAAUUCAUAGAAUCAAAUAAAACUCAAAUAAAAAUGGUUUCAUAAAAUGAUCCGAAAACCCUGAAUGCAAAUUUGCACAUGUGUGCGUGCCAUGUUCCCGUAUAUGAUUCC